AAAGUUAAAAAAGAAGUCCAGUUUGAUUUUGAGUUUGAUUUCCAGCGUCGCACCACGCCCUAAACACACCUGAUGGCUUGUUGGGAAUUGCACUGUGGUGUUGAGUCAUAGCCGCCAUUCCAGGAAGUGUUCCUCCCUUAGUUCCCACAGAUAAGCCAGGAACAGCGAAACGGUUUCAAAGUGAACUUGUGGCUCCACGCAGUUUUACUUUUGAAGUUUAAACGCUUCGAGGUUGAGUUUAGUUCAUAUUUUUAGCGGUUCAUCCUUGUGUUCCUCAAAUUCCGAAUUAUUUACAAAGACGGCGUAAAAGGAAAAGUUUCAACCACAGAAGUUCAGCCGCAUUCCUCCAUUUUGAAAAGCUUCUCCGAAGUUAGUUUGAACAACUGAACAUGACGAGUAUUAAUACGGCCAACAUCAACUUCAAAUGGGAUCCCAAGAGCUUGGAGAUCCGCACACUAGCUGUGGAAAGGUUGCUCGAGCCUCUGGUCACCCAGGUCACCACUCUGGUGAACUCCAGCAACAAAGGCCCAUCCAACAAAAAGAAGGGUCGCUCCAAAAAGGCUCACGUUCUGGCUGCUUCGGUCGAAACUGCCACCCAGAAUUUCUUGGAGAAAGGCGAGAAGAUUGCCAGAGAGAGUCAGUUUCUCAAAGAAGAGCUGACUGCUGCCGUGGAGGACGUCCGUAAGCAAGGAGAGUCCAUGCGGCAGGCCUCGGGGGAGUUUGUGGAGGACCCCUGCUCCUCGGUGAAGAGAGGCAACAUGGUGCGCGCGGCCCGCGCUCUGCUCUCAGCCGUCACUCACCUGCUGGUGCUGGCUGACAUGGCCGACGUCUACCAGCUACUGCUGCAGCUCAAACUGGUGGAAGAGAGCCUUAUGAAGGUGCGAAACGCCGGCACGGAGCAGGACCUGGGCAUUCACUACAAGGCUCUGAAACCCGAAGUGGAUAAGCUGAACCUGAUGGCGGCCAAGCGGCAGCAGGAGCUGAAAGACGUGCACCACAAGGACCAGAUGGCUGCGGCGCGGGGUGUGCUGCAGAGGAACGUGCCCAUGCUGUACACGGCAUCCCGCGCCUGCCUGCAGCACCCGGAUGUGGCUGCCUACAAGGCCAACCGCGACCUCAUCUACAAGCAGCUGCAGCAUGCUGUCUCGGGCAUCUCCAACGCCGCCCAGGCCACCAGCAGCGAGGACCCCGCCUUCAGCCAGCCCGCCGGGGGCGGAGAGCUUGCCGGCGCUCUCAACAACUUCGAUAAGCAGAUCAUUGUGGACCCGAUGAGCUUCAGCGAGGAGCGUUUCCGCCCCUCUCUGGAAGAGAGGCUGGAGAGCAUCAUCAGUGGCGCCGCCCUCAUGGCCGACUCGUCCUGCACCCGUGACGACAGGCGUGAGCGCAUUGUGGCCGAGUGUAACUCUGUACGGCAGGCGCUACAGGACCUGCUCUCGGAGUACAUGGGCAACGCUGGACACAAGGAGAGGAGUGAUGCUCUGAACACGGCCAUCGACAGGAUGACUAAGAAGACCCGCGACCUGCGCAGACAGCUCAGGAAGGCUGUGAUGGACCAUGUGUCGGACUCGUUUUUGGAGACCAACGUUCCUCUGCUGGUCCUCAUCGAGGCUGCCAAAAAUGGAAAUGAGAAGGAGGUGAAGGAGUAUGCCCAGGUUUUCCGCGAGCACGCCAACAAGCUGAUCGAGGUGGCCAACCUGGCGUGCUCCAUUUCCAACAACGAAGAGGGAGUGAAGUUGGUGCGCAUGGCCGCGUCACAGCUGGAGGCCCUGUGCCCUCAGGUGAUUAACGCAGCCUUGGCUCUGGCUGCCAAGCCCAACAGCAAGGUGGCCCAGGACAAUAUGGACCUGUUUAAGGAGCAGUGGGAAAAGCAGGUGCGCGUGCUCACCGACGCCGUCGACGACAUCACCUCCAUCGACGACUUCCUCUCCGUGUCCGAGAACCACAUCUUGGAGGAUGUGAAUAAGUGCGUGAUCGCCCUGCAGGAGAAGGAUGUGGACGGGCUGGACCGCACGGCCGGUGCCAUCCGCGGCCGCGCCGCUCGCGUCGUCCACGUGGUCACCUCUGAGAUGGACAACUACGAGCCAGGGGUCUACACAGAGAAGGUUCUGGAAGCCACCAAGCUCCUGACUGAAACAGUGAUGCCUCGUUUCACGGAGCAGGUAGAAGCAGCGGUGGAGGCCCUCGGUGCCAACCCGACACAGCCCGUGGACGAGAACGAGUUCAUCGAUGCCUCUCGCCUAGUCUACGACGGGGUGCGGGACAUCCGGAAGGCCGUGCUCAUGAUCCGGACCCCAGAGGAGCUGGAUGACUCGGACUUCGAGACGGAGGACUUUGACUCACGCAGCCGGACCAGCGUGCAGACAGAGGAUGACCAGCUCAUCGCCGGACAGAGCGCCCGGGCUAUCAUGGCUCAGUUGCCCCAGGAGCAGAAGGCUAAGAUCGCUGAGCAGGUGGCCAGCUUCCAGGAGGAGAAGAGCAAACUGGACGCAGAGGUGUCCAAGUGGGACGACAGUGGAAAUGACAUCAUUGUGUUGGCCAAGCAGAUGUGCAUGAUCAUGAUGGAGAUGACUGACUUCACCAGGGGCAAGGGCCCACUGAAGAACACAUCGGACGUGAUCAGUGCCGCUAAGAAGAUCGCGGAGGCCGGCUCUAGGAUGGACAAACUGGGCCGCACCAUCGCUGACCAGUGCCCUGAUUCCACGUGCAAGCAGGACCUGUUGGCAUACCUACAGCGCAUCGCUCUCUACUGCCACCAGCUCAACAUCUGCAGUAAGGUGAAGGCGGAGGUCCAGAACCUUGGAGGAGAACUGGUGGUGUCCGGGUUGGACAGCGCCAUGUCCCUGAUCCAGGCUGCCAAGAACCUGAUGAAUGCGGUGGUGUCCACCGUCAAAGCCUCCUACGUGGCUUCCACCAAGUACCAGAAGUCCCAGGGCAUGCAGAACCUCAACAUGCCUGCCAUUUCCUGGAAGAUGAAGGCUCCUGAGAAGAAGCCCUUGGUCAAGCGCGAGAAGCAGGACGACGGCCAGACCAACAAAGUGAAGCGGUCCUCUCAGAAGAAACAGAUCAACCCCGUUCAGGCUCUGAGCGAAUUCAAAGCCAUGGACAGCAUUUAAGCAGUCCGGUCUUCAGUGUUCGCUCAGUGGUUCCCAGUGCUAGUACUGACGGACCCACUGCCCCGCACUGUGUUGGCUUGUGCGCUCGUGUGCACGUUCUCUCUCCCCCUCUUUCUCACACACAUACUCGCGUGCGCACGCACACGAUCGACUCCUUGGCUGUUGUGUGCAGAUUAAUCCAUGUUAUGUUUGGAAACACUGUGCCAAUCGUGCAGGGCAGUGGAACCAGUGUACUGGUGAUUCUCUCCUCUCUCUCUCUCUCUCUCUCUCUCUCUCUCUCCUCUCUCUCUCUCUCUCUCUCUCUCUCUCUCUGAGGAUCCUCACUGCCUGCCAUGUUUGGGAGGUAUAUAUUUGAGAGCGUUCCUCUGCCGUAGAGCCUAGUCACUAGAAUGACUUUUUUUUUUUUUUUUUUUUCUUCUUCUUUUUUGUCCCCCCGCCGCAGUAACUCACUGAGGAUUAUGUACGUCUGUCUCUGUAGAUUCAUAUGACUGAUUUAAGUAGUCAUUUAUUUGUCAGUUUCCCUUCACAAAAUCAACUGGACUCCUUUUUUAUUAUUAUUAUUCUGUGCCCUGUCAUCUGAAUUCUUCUAGAAGUAUAUAUAUAUAUUUUUCUUUUUUAAACAAAUUGAGGAUUCCUUUUAUAUUGCUUUGUUGUGUCGGUCAUCCCGGCUUCCAUGUUUUCUAGUGCAGAUUUCAAACCUAUGCAAACUCAAAUAUGCCUUACUGGAUCACAUGCAAUAAUUCCUGUGUUAUAUACAUGAAACUCUUGAGGGCACAGUGCAUGGACAUUUAGGUUUUAAUUGCAUGACCAAAUCAAUGCAUUUCCUGCUUCUAAUAAAUGUUGCUAAUUAUUUUAUAUUAACUGUUGCUUUAAUAACACUAAAAUGACACAGUACAAGAGCAUAUGAGUAAGUUUAUUUCCAAUAGAUAUAAUUUUUUUUUUUUAGUACUCCAACCUGCGUUUGUUGUCGGCUCUGUCAAUUGUUUGAACAGGAGUGGCUGGAUUUUUAGAUGUACAUCCACCUGGGGAGUUUGCUCUCAGAACCCCAUUGUGUUUGACAGGGAGCAAGUAGUCAGGCCACAGAUGGCUCAUGAGAGUCAGAGUGGGAGAAAGGAGGGGCCCUGCAUUCCCCAUCCUCCACCCCUUUCCUCACUGACCCACAUGUAAAUGAAUCAACAUUCUCCUUAUGCAGUUGAGUGGCCAACCCCCGCACCCUAAGCGGCCACGCGGGGCUGAGAGGGCCCCAGCUGAAGUCUCCUCCUGAGAGCUGCUGGGCUCCACGGACCAUAAAUGAGUCCAAGCAUCGUGGACGAGCCCCCCCCCCCAAAUCGGCCGUGGCCAUCAGUAUUCCUCUCACAGCUGCGAGGGGAAACGAGUCCAGCAGUGCUUUGAAUCUCUGUGCAGCCAGCAGUGUUAGAGAGAGAGAGAGAGAGAGAGAGAGAGACGAGGGACAUCUCCCAGCGCCUGCAAUGCUCACAUUCAAGUGUUGUUGCUUGGCUGAACCUUUUUUGAGGUGGUGGUGGGUUUGUUUUUUGUUUUUGUUUUUUCCUUCGUUAAAUGAAUUUAAAAAUCUCGUCCAUGCAUCGUGGGAGGUGAGGGAUGAUUUGUCAUGUCGCUCAGAGCAGACGGACCAGGCUGGAGUCUCGGAGUUCCAGUGGGCUAAGGGGGGGGGCUCCUCCCACUUGCUUGCAGGAUGUGAAGUAGAGCCACGCCACCCGGGUCUCGUAACCUGACUGUUGGCUGCACGCUGUUGUCUGCUUGAAUUGUGUUGAAAUUUGUUUGCAGCUUGAGUAAAAACCAAACUCAUACUCAUGAUUGGGGUCGAGUUGCGCAUUUCAUUUUCUUUUCUCCAGGACUGGGGUUGAGUUGCUUUCAUUGGCAUGUUAUCGUUUUGAGGUGAUCUUUUCUGUGAACAGCAGAUUUGUCAGAAGAAAAUAUUGCUUUUCUCUGAUCACUUCGGCUGUAACCUGGAACUUGGUAUUUUUCCUUCACAUGUACUACUUCAUGUAAAAACAAAAACAAUAAAUAAGACAAAUUCCUCUUCACUCACUUUCAAAAUGAACAUUUUUAAUACUCAGUAGAUUCACUUUUACUCUAUGUAUUGUUUGAAACAGAAAACUACUUUGCAUACCAACUUGAUUGGAGAAGGUUUGGUCUGCAUUUUAUGGGACUGCUAUUUGUUUGGCGUGAGUAAUAACCUUUUUAAUUACAAUUAAUCAGGUGUUGUGGCAUUUACAUCAGUGUCCUGUAGUUGAGUUCUGUAGUUGUUUACACAGCACGCUGUGUGGAACUCUGGUGGGGUGACUGAGGAUAUUUGCCUAACUCAAUGAAGAGUAGUGUGUGUUAAUUUUAUGGGUUUAGGGCUAGUGCAUGUUUGAAUUACACAUCACUUAUUCUGGAAACCUUGGGUCUUUUUUUCCUUAUGAUUACUAGAGGUGAAAUUGGGGGCAAUUGGGGGCACUUCUUUCACUGAUGUGAGUUUGUAUAUAUUGUAUUCGUUUCAUAUUAAAUCUGUUUUUAUAUGUGGA